AUGUCUGACGGAGAGACCGAGACCAAGCCCUUCAAGUUCGUUACUGGCUUCGACGCCCGCUUCCCGAACCAGAACCAGACCAAGCACUGCUGGCAGAACUACGUCGACUACCACAAGUGCAUCCUCGCCAAGGGCGAGGACUUCGCUCCUUGCCGUCAGUUCUACCACGCCUACCGAUCCCUCUGCCCCAACGGCUGGACUUCGCGAUGGGACGACCAGCGUGAGGCCGGAAACUUCCCCUGCAAGCUUGACCAGUAG